AUGAAAGUUUUGAUUUUGGGCGCCAUUUCCGUGAAAGCUUUUGGAAGCCUCAUGUUUGUCUUUGGCAGCUUUAGUGGAGCUUCAAUAUUGCUUCUGCAUCAAGCGAUCUCGGCGCCCAUCUUAUAUGAUUUCUAUAAUUACGAUGCUAACAAGAAAGAGUGCUCAGCUUUUUGUAAUUCACGCAGAGUAAGGGUCAGAAGUUCGUCAACUAUGUCUCUCAAGAUAAGUCAUCGAAAGCUUGGAGAUUUAUGGACACAAAAUCCACUAUCAGAAAGGAGCAUGGAUGGAAGGAGGGGACUAGAUAUGGUGUUGAUGACCAGCUCCGUUCUCUCUGCCCAUCUUCCCCAAACCUAUUGA